AUGGACAUUGACACAAAUGAAGAGGAAGACAAUUAUGAGUUUCUCUCAAUUGAUAGAUAUCAACAGUCUAAAAAAGACGAAAAGAAAUUGGUUGUGAAACAAACACUCUUGAAUUCCCCUAUAAUUACCAAUAUCGUUCCCAAUUUUAAAGUCCAGAUCAACAAACCAUUUAAAGGUCUGUCGAGUGUUUUAUUUAACGAUGAAGAAUUUCAAACAUUAAUACCAAAAGAGGACGACUCGCAAUUGGAUGCAUUUGAUGAUAUUGAUGAUGAGGAAGAUGAUUUAUUAUUUCUCGGUGUUUCCACAAAUCAAUCGGAAACUACCCAAGAAGACAAAAAUACAAAUGUUACCUUACCUUCUCAAAUUGAAGAUAUCACAGUGUUAGUGAAAUACCUGUCGAUUGUUGUUGAUGGAAUUGAAUUUUCUACAAAAUCCCCAAUCAGAUCAUCUUGUGUUAUAAAAUCUACUGCCCCAGACCAGGAAGAUCAUUUACUUAUUGCAUUGAAAUCAGGAUAUCUUUUACUAAUUCGAAUAUAUUAUGUUCCAAGAUAUUACAGAGACAAUGAUUAUUUAUAUCAAACACAAAAAUCAGUACCGCAAGAUGAAGGUAACUCCAUUUUCAAACCGUUUAUAAUUCAGUGGUGGGACACCGGCAGUAAUAAUGCGAGCCCGAAUUUAGAUUCCUGUGGUUAUUUACUACGAUCUUCUCCAUCUGGGUUUUCAACUGUUGCAUGUGCAAGCUCUGGGAUUUUCAGGCUAUACAUGACACAACAAAUACCAAAUACGAAUGGGACGGUUUUAAGAAAUCAUAUCAAUAUUCCCAUAGAUGGGUUUAUAAUAGAUGCUUGUUUCAUUAAUCCUAGUUCAACAAGUAUUCCAACAGACGUGUUUUUUACAUUGCUAUUUACUGAGAAUCGAAGAUUAAGUAUUAAUUUAUUUUCAUGGUCAAGUUCGGAAGGAGUUUGGCAAGGGUAUAAUAAGGAUGUAUUACCAUUGGACAAUACAUUCGAGAUUCCUGUUUUUGUCGUUCCAUUAAAGAAAAAUGGUUCGUUUUUAUUCGUUUCUCCAAAUAAGUUGACAAUAAUCACUAUGCAUAAUAUAAUUUCUGCUCACUAUGAUUUUCAAGUGAUCGAGUCUCCAUGGAAGAGUUCAUCGUUCCCAACUUCAUACCAUUUACCCAGUACUAGUAUCUCAUCAUUGGAAAUAGAUAAAAUGGAUGAAGUUCUUGUCGCUACAGAUAAUGGAGUGAUAUAUUUGAUCACAGUAAUUGAAAACAAUUUUGGCAGUAGCAUUUGUCCAGUAGUAAGAGUAGCAGAGAGUAUAUCACAAUUCUCCAUGGAGAAAGAGAAAGAGACAGAGAAAGUCAGGUUGAUUUACACUAGUGACAGUGGAAGUUCAAGUAAAGAUAUAUUGAUUGAUGAGAUAUACAGCAAAGAGUAUUUAUCUGACAUAUCACACGCAUCAAAGUUGGCAUAUAGUGAAGCAAAAUUGAUUGAAGAUUUCAAGUCCUGGGCACCCUUGAUUGAUAUUUCUGUAAUUGAUAGCACCUCUAACAAGAAAGAAGGUGAUGUAUUACCUGAUCGACAAGAGCUCUGGGGAAUAAGUGGUCUUGGAAAGCGUACCAAGUUGAAUCAUUUUAGAUUUGGUUACUAUGGUGCCAGGAAGAGCAAUACUUAUGAAAAAUUAAGAAAAUCAGUUGGUAUGUGGAAAUUGAAGUACAAAGGUAGUUAUUAUCUAUUAUGUGCAAUGCCAUUUGAGUCAAUUCUAUUAGAAUAUCAGGAAGAUUCAAAAGAAGCAUUUGUUGAAGUUCAAGAGUCUAAAUUGUUGAAUAAUGUUCUGACAUUGUAUUCUAGUGUUGUUGUUGAGUCUUAUAUUCUUCAGAUAACACAAACUUCCAUUACUAUAUCUGAUUUGGUUUCUCAAAAGAUUACAGAAAAUGUUCUAUUUAGUAUUUUAUUUGCCGAUGUUUCAAAUGAUGUGUUGGCAAUGGUUGUUGAAGAAAAUAAUACUAUAAAAUUGAAGAUUUUAAGAAUGGCACCAAAGGAAUUAUUUCAAGAGGACAAUGAUCUUUCAAAUUAUUUUGAAUUGGUAUUAGAGCAAGAAAUCAAUGGAACUCAACCAUCCAUGCUAAAGAUGUUUUUUCGUGAUGAUUUUCUAGUCAUAUCCAUUGGAAGUUUUGAGGGAUUGAUUAUAUUCUAUACACUUAAAGAUGGCCAGUUAUCUGAGUACAAUUCCUAUGAUUUACGACAGUACUGCAAGUAUAGCCAUGAUAACAUCAUUCGAUUGGACGUUAUUAUUCCAAAUCAAAUUAUUGUUCUCAACGAUGAAAUCGUAAUAGCUACGAAACAGGGAUACAUAAUCAAAUUUAAGUUCGGUGAUUGUAACUUAGAAUGUGUCUAUUUCCUUCAAUUAGGUUAUGCACAAGUUAAAAUAAUCCCAACUAGUGAUCCCAAAUUACUAUUUGUACAUUGUGGGAAACUAUGGUUGUUUAAUAAUUACAAGAAUGAGUUGUAUCCAAAUCAAGUCAAUUUUGAUGAUACAUUUGAAAGACUAAUGAUUGAAGGUAUAGAAUUGGAUGGCCUACAAGACUCGAAGUUUAAGAAAUUGGCAUUAAUUAGAGACAAUGGAUUAGUGAUCUGUCAGGUAUCUACUUUUACGAAACCUUCAAUUAAACAAUUUAGUAAAAUUGAGAAUGGGAAGAAAUUGAUUUUUAUUCCUCAUAUUUCGACAUUUGUUGUGUUUUGUCAUGGACGGAAUAAAAUGGUUUGUAUUGAUAAGAAAUCCAUGAAGAGUAUUUCACAAAGAGAAACCAAUCUUAAAUCAAGACAUGAUGAUAGUGAAUAUACCAUUUUCCAAGAUGAGGAAGUACCCCAAUGUGUAAACAUCUGGGAAGUGCAAAGAAAUGAAACCAACAAAAGAGUAUCAAAGAAAUUACUUGUUGGAUGUUCUAAAUCUCCAACAUCAGGAGUUAUUAAAGUUUUGGAUUUUAAAAAACUUAAACAUGAAACAACAGGACAACCAUUAAUAAUAAUAACUGAACUUACUUCAAUUGAACAAGAUUUCCCAAUUUCAAAUAUACUUCAAUUUAAAUCCCUUAUAUUAUUCACCAAUCAAGAAACAAUAUAUUGUACAUCAUAUAAUGAAUCAGAAAAGAGAUUUACCCCCAUAAAACAACUCAAAUCACUUCCUUCAAAAAUCAUUUCUUUAAAUGAAUCAAAUGAUAAAUUAUUAGUAUCAACAAAUUCUGAUUCAAUUUAUCAAUUUACUGAACAAAAUGGAGAAUUAAUAUUCCAUUCAAGUGAUCCAAUAAGUAAUUCAUAUAUAAAUCAAGUUCAAUUAGGUAAUUUUUUAAUUGCUGGUGAUAAAAUUCAUUCAAAUUUAUCAAUUUUUGAAAAUUUUAAAUUUGAUAAACGUUUAAAUUUAGGUGUUAGUGGUAUACCAAGAGUAUAUUUAUCAAAAUUGAAUAAUCCUUGGGUUAUAAUUCAAAAUCAAGAUCAAAAUCAAAAUCUCAUUGAUGAUAAUAAUGAUAAUGAUGAAUCUGUGAUUUGUAUAUCUACAAAUGGUGAAAUUAUAAAUUUAAGAAUGAUUAAUCAAUCUGAUAAUGAAUUAAUUAAUUUAAAUUCACAAACUAAAACACCAUUGAAUAAUUUGAUUCAAAAAUUAGAAAGACCAUUUAUUAAUAAAUUAAGUGGAACUGGAUUACUAUCUUUAAAUAAACCAAGAUUCAAUUGUUUGAUAAAUCAAAAUAAUGAAUCUAUUGUUGAUUACGAUUUGGAAGAAUUAAGUUCUCAUGAUUCAAUUAUAAAUCUAUAA